AUUCUACCACUGCGGAAGCUCCUUGUAAAACAUGGUGGUUGUCACUCUGCCAAAAAAAGGACCCUUUCGACAAACCUCACAAUCUUCUCUGCACCUCUGCAAACAACCCCACCACCAACAAAACUAACCCCGAAGCACUACCGGUAUUUGUCAAUCAUGAGCAAUACCUUCGAAAGCUGUCUUGUCCUGAACGCUCAAGCUAUUCUUCUAGUACAGCUUGGCCAUUGCGAAGAGGCUAUCCGCUGCAUCAAGGAAGCCUUGCAACUGCUACAACCGAACCUCCGGCUCCCAGCCGCAACGCAGCCACAAGAUAAUGGCAACACCAAGAGACCGUACUACAGCAUACCCGUCCUUCCUGAGGGCAUCAUGCACACGUCUUCAAUGCUAUCCAGCGACAAUAUCUUCUCGUUUUACCCUCGCAUGUUCAACAUAACUGAACACGACGACUCCAAGUUUGGUGCAGCGAAGAUCUUUGUUAUACUCAUCUUUAACUUGGCCAUGGCUCACCACGUUCACGCUGCCUUGCUUGAGUGCGAGGACAACGCCAACAAUGGCUGGCUCAAGCUCGAAACUCCACGAGACCGCCAGACACGCCUCACCGCCAUUCUGAAAAUGUACCAGAAUGUGAUUGUGGGUGCCCGUACUACGCUGAGUCCCGAUGAAGUUGGAGGACUCUUGUGUGUGGUGACAGCGGCCGCCAACAACGCAGGUCACUUGAAUACCUGCAUGAAUAACUUCCAAGAGAUGCAGGCGAGUUUGAACUUGGAGAUGCAACUCAUGAAGCUUUCCUACGGAGCCUGUACCAUACCUGCAAUGGACUACGGGAUCUUCUUUUCGAGCAUUUUUGUCUUUUUGGAAGGAGCCGGUCUCUCCAUCUCUCCCGCUGCAUGAGAUUUCCGGAUUGAUUUGUUCCUGUCGUUGCCUUUCCAGAAGAACCAGCCGAGCGAAGCGCUAUUAUAGCUGCUAUUAUGCAGCGUCUCAUUUUAGAUUAGCAUAAGAUUGCUUUUGUAACAUAGAACCCUCCAUAAUGAAUGAUAAUACUAGUACUACU